AUGCCAUCUUCUCUAGGUUCCCACACUGUCUCACAUACUUCUGCAACAGACUCAGAACCUGUGAGGUUUGUUCAUACUUCAGAGGCCCGCCGUUUGCUUCCUUCCGCAAGUCGUUGGAAUUCUAUAGAAAUUGACUUUAACCUUCUUCCUCAGUCUACCAUGGCCAACGAUUCAAUCCCUUCUCAGUACUCCAAGUCCUACCAAUACAAUCUUGUUAUCACAGAUAAAAAGUACUUUAAACGUUGUCUUUACAUUUCUGUCUCCACAGUUUUUCUUAUCCUAGCUCUACUUUUACUGCUACACUUUUUGCCCUCAAAACAUCAUCACGAUCGUCCUUCAAAGAAUCUUACACUUGCAUUGAACCAAGCUCUAACGUUCUUCGAUGCUCAAAAGUCUGGGGUGUACCCCAAUAACAGUCCGGUGAAAUUUCGAGCAAGUUCAGGAUUGCAAGAUGGGAACUCAGGCAGUAAACCAGUUAAUCUUGAGGGUGGUUUCUAUGAUUCUGGCAACAACAUAAAAUUCAGCUUCCCUACAGCUUAUACUGUAACCCUGUUGAGUUGGAGUGUGAUUGAAUAUCAUGACAAGUAUGCUGAUAUUGGUGAGCUUGAUCAUGUCAAGGACAUAAUCAAAUGGGGAAGUGAUUAUUUGCUCAAACUCUUUGUUCCCCCUCACACAACUUCAGAUACCAUAUUGUAUUCUCAGAUUGGAAGUGCAAACAGCGAUGCCAAGGUUCCUAAUGAUAUAAACUGCUGGCAAAGACCUGAAGACAUGGACUACAAGAGAACCGUUUCAUUUUGCGAUAACACAGCUUCCGAUUUAGCAGGGGAAAUUGUUGCAGCAUUAUCAGCUGCUUCAUUAGUGUUCAAAGAAGACAAUGUUUACUCAGGAGAAUUAGUCACAGCAGCUGAGAAGCUAUUUGAGAGUGCAAUUACUAAGCUAGACCCUGCUAGGCAAGGAACAUACACUAAGGUUGAUGCUUGUGGAGGAGAAGCUAGAAAUUUUUAUAACUCAUCUGGUCACCAAGAUGAACUGAUCACAGAACAACUGUCUGAUCCAUGCAAGUUCAGCAGCCGUAAUCGCCAAAGCCCUAUACUCUGCCUCAGUGGACGAACGAGAGACAGUGGAUUGAUCAUCCAAAGGCCUAAUCUUGGGGCAGCUCGUCUGGAGUAUGCCGCAACAGCAUCCUUUCUUAGUAAAUUGUACAGCGACUACCUUUAUCUUCUGCGGAGUUCUGGUAGGAGUUGCAGAGGUUUCGGCUUUUCCCUGGAUAUGCUGCGCAAUUUCUCCACGUCUCAGGUAAAUUACAUUCUAGGAGAGAAUCCAAUGAAGAUGAGCUACAUGAUUGGGUUUGGAGAUAAGUUUCCAAGCCAAGUGCACCAUAGGAGCGCAUCAAUCCCUUGGGAUGGUCAAUAUUACUCUUGCAAGGACGGAGAAGAUAGAUGGCAAUUCUCCAAAGACCCAAAUCCCAAUUUGCUUUUGGGAGCCAUGGUAGCAGGACCUGACCAAUUUGACAAAUUUAUAGAUCAAAGGGACAAACAAGAGUUCACCGAGCCUAGCAUAUCAAGCAAUGCUGGCUUAGUUGCAGCACUCAUUGCACUUCAUGCUCCUCCUUAUCUUCCUUCUUCGAAAACCAAAGGCAUGAAUUUGGGCAUAGACCAGAUGGGUAUCUUUGCUAAAAUUUUGUGAAAAAAGGGAAAUCUGCUGCACCACAUUGAUUGGUUUUUUUGGGGUUAGUUUGUGUAGUUUCAAGUUCGUAGUUAAAGAAUUGAGACCCUUCACUUGUGAAAUCAAACUAAGCUUGCUGUUGGUUGUAACUUGUAUGCUAAGCUUUGUGAUUUACCAGGACUACAGGAGCAUCAAGUAAAGUA